UGACGUAAAGGAUCCAAUGUGUGCAGUGCAGAAAACAGUGUGCUGCUGCUGCUCCUGCUGCUGGUCACGUAAGUACAGGUCCUGACCCGACCUACCACUAAUCACGUCUUUAUCCUCCUCCUCGACCUCGUGCUCCUUCUGGGACUCUUCCCCUGCCUCUGCCUCUGGGUGGGAGACGUCGUGUACCGUGUACGGUGGCUUCGGCUCGGGCGACGGUGACGCCCGACACUGGGUUGCGACUUCGGUUAGGAUUCGGCAUCAGCGAUCAAGCAGGCUAAGGAGGCGUCGUCUUCUUGAUUACUCAUGAUACCCGCAAAUUGAAGCAACAUCCUCUGGAAGCUGCAAUUCCGCCGUUCCAAUUUCCUUUUGCUAGGACGCCUUUGCUGCUGCUGCUCUCCUCUUGUUUGGUAUCCUUUUUCACCCCUUCUGUCGGUUCUUCUAAAAUGUCCAUGCUAAAAAAAUUGCGUCUAAUAACCAUUGAUGUUACUGGCACACUAAUUGCUUACAAAGGGCAGCUUGGAGACUACUAUUGCAUGGCAGCAAAAUCCAUUGGACUCCCAUGUCCUGACUAUGAGAGAGUGCAUGAGGGUUUCAAACUUGCUUAUACAGAGAUGGCAAGGAAACAUCCAUGCUUUGGGUUUGCAGAGAAGAUACCCAAUAUUGUUUGGUGGAAGACUGUUGUUAGGGAAUCUUUUGUUCGGGCAGGAUAUGAUUAUGAUGAUGAAACAUUUGAGAAGAUUUUCAAACGCAUAUAUGCUACCUUUGGGUCCUCUGCCCCAUAUUCCAUUUUUCCAGAUUCACAGCCAUUCUUAAGAUGGCUCCAUGGGAAGGGUGUUACUGUGGGCAUUGUUAGCAAUGCCGAGUAUAGGUACCAAGAUGUGAUCCUUCCAGCAUUAGGUUUGCACCAGGGUUCAGAAUGGGAUUUUGGCGUAUUCUCAGGCCUUGAAGGUGUAGAGAAGCCAGAUCCUAGAAUGUAUGAGAUCGCAUUGAAGAGGGCCGGCAACAUUUCACCCGAAGAAGCUCUCCAUAUUGGAGACAGCAUGCGGAAGGACUAUUUGCCUGCAAAGAGCAUAGGCAUGCAUGCGUUACUGUUGGACAGAUUUUCAACGCCGGAUGCCAAGGCAUGGAGGAAAUCUGGUGCUAUUGUGCUACCCAACUUGGUAGCGGCUCAAGACUGGCUGUCAUCGGAUCAAACAUAUUUUUGUAUUGGAUGAUAGACAGACAGACAGAAAGGCGUUCAUUCAUCCGGAUGAGUGUGACUGUUGGAGGAUGAGUAGCUCGAUCACUCUGGACUCCCUGCCCCUCCCUUUCUGCUUUAUCUGUUUGUUCCGUUCGGUGUAGGUAGGAACUUUAUUAACGCAGAAGUUAGAAGAAGUUUGAAGCUUGCUUGCUUGCUUAUUUAUGAUGUGAACAUACAUGCGCACACAUGUUAAAAGGAAGUAUUUGUUGAUGCUCGA